CCCUGCGUUGGGCUGCAGGAGACCCCUGGCGUUAUUGCGUUGGAGACGCCAUUGUUUUGGAGGUGGUGUCGGUUUGAAGGUGUCGGCUCACCGCCGAGCGGCUACGGAACCUUCACCGCCCCCACGGCCUUCCGCUACUUCGUUUCCCCGUUGUUUGAAUACGCUUUGCGGGCCGGACUGGGCCAACGUCACGACGAUGGAUGUGAGGAUGCCGGUCUGCACUUCCGCCGGCUGCUGAGCCGGGUGCGGCCCUGCUCUGCCACCCGAGCCGCAGCGUUGUCUCCUGUCCCGGCCCUGCCCCAGCGCCCCUUCCCCCCUCCCUCCCCCAUCUCUCCCCCUUUAGUUCCCAUUCGUGCUCCCACCCCCCCAUUUACUUCAUGGCCUUUGCUUAUGCCAUGGAUCCAACUGACGGCUGAGAAGGGAUCGACUGAGGCCUGGCUGACCGUCGCAGGAGCAGAGUCCGCCCGACCUGAGAGGCGCCUCGACCCCGGCUUGUGUCCGCAGUAAGGAGCGCCCCGGAUAGACGCCGUCCGGACUUUCCCACGAGGAGCAGGAGCAGUGGACAUUAUUGUCUUAGAUUUAAAAACAAGACUGCGCCCAGACUUGCUGCAUUGCGGCUUUGCAAUAAAAAAGCAGGAGGGACAGCAAUCUCAAGACCUGCGAACUAUUUCCCUGCGAGUUAAAUCCUUUGAACUUCAUUCAAUUUCAUGGACGUUUAAAAUAUACCAUUGACUUUUGAACUACCCGGUUUAUUAGUGAGUAAAACAGCCAGUAUAUGAUUUUUUGUGCAUUGUGAAGUUAAAAAGAAGCUAGUUGCUUAUUGAGUUACGGUCCAGAUUUAGUGCUUUAAAAAAAAAUGCUAUAAUACAACAAAGUCUAAAUACUUGAAUUUCAGAUAUGGGAAUUAAAUUGUGAGAAAAGAGAUUUUUUUUGUUUUGUUUUUGCAAUUUUAAAAGGAUAUUUUUUUGUGGGUAAGACUUGUCCCAUUAAAAAAAACAGAAAUGUCGUGUAUACAUUACAAAUUUUCUUCUAAACUGAACUAUGACACGGUCACUUUCGAUGGGCUUCAUAUUUCUUUGAGCGAUCUAAAGAAGACUAUCAUGGCCCGGGAGAAGCUGAAGGCAGCAGACUGCGAUUUACAAAUCACCAAUGCACAGACUAAGGAAGAAUAUACAGAUGAUAAUGCUUUAAUACCCAAGAAUUCAUCUGUCAUUAUAAAAAGAAUUCCCAUCGGAGGUGUGAAAUCUGCUGGCAAAUCAUUUGUCAUAGAUCGUUCUGAACCAGCAAGUGGGACAUCGAAAGCAUUUUAUCCUUUUGCUCACGGAAGCAACAGGGGAAGGCAAGAGAAAGAGGUGUCAGACCUAGUUGCCAGACUGCAGGGAAAGCUGAAUGAGAUUGAUGACUCUGGAACCUCUAUCUCACUGGCCCAGCUUACAAAGACGGCCAAUCUGGCUGAAGCUAAUGCCUCCGAAGAAGAUAAAAUUAAGGCCAUGAUGACUCAGUCUGGUCAAGAAUAUGAUCCAGUGAACUAUAUGAAGAAACCUUUGGGUCCUCCUCCACCAACAUAUACUUGUUUUCGUUGUGGAAAACCAGGCCAUUACAUUAAAAAUUGCCCAACUAAUGGGGACAAAAAUUUUGAAGCUGUGCCAAGGAUUAAGAAGAGCACGGGCAUUCCCCGCAGUUUCAUGGUAGAAGUUGAUGACCCAAAUAUGAGGGGUGCAAUGCUCACCAACACUGGGAAAUAUGCCAUACCUACAAUUGAUGCAGAGGCAUAUGCACAAGGCAAGAAGGAAAAACCACCAUUCUUGCCAGAGGAGCCUUCAUCAUCAUCGGAAGAAGAAGAUCCAAUUCCCGAUGAACUGUUGUGCCUUAUCUGCAAAGAUCUCAUGACGGAUGCUGUUGUCAUACCAUGCUGUGGAAACAGUUAUUGUGAUGAAUGUAUUAGAACAUCACUACUGGAAUCUGAGGAACAUACUUGCCCUACCUGCCACCAAACAGAUGUUUCUCCAGAUGCUCUAAUUGCAAAUAAAUUCUUAAGACAGGCUGUUAACAACUUCAAAAAUGAAACCGGCUACACAAAAAGAUCUCGUAAACAGCAGCUGACCCAGCAGCUGACCCAGCAGCAGCCACGGCUACCUUCUCUUCCAAUUCAAAAUCAGCUGCCCAGUCUGAGGCCAUUGCAUUCCAUCAACCCUCAGACUGUUUUGCCCUCAACUAGAACAGCCAUCUCAAAGUCGGCAGAUCUCCCACUGACUAGUGCUUCUGCAACUGGGCAGGUUUCUGUUGCUAUCUCCCUUCCGAGUGCAGCUUCCGCCCCAGUACGUGCUGCUUCUCCUGCAAAAGGAAACCGAGAUUCCUCUGCUGCCAGUAUCCCUGCUCCAGACGUAUCAACAGUAGCUGUUCAGCUUCAUCAUUUACCUUCAAAACAUGAGGAAGGAGAUAUUCUGGAAAUUGGCAAAUCCACUGUGACCGUUACCUCUGGAAUAACCACUGCCAACCCAUCCAUGCCUACAAGCAGCACCUCGGCACUUAAGGGUUAUCAGGUUCCUGUUCUUGGUCAUCCUGCUUCACAUGGACAAUCCAUACCUACAACAGGUCAGCCAAUGAGGACAAGUGGUGUUCGACCACCAGGAAACAGAUCAGGCUGGGAACUACCAUCCAACAGAGGGCAUCAUAGUGAUCGGAUUCCAAGAAGUCGAACACAGGGAAUUACAAACCCUCCCCCUGUCUAUGUGCCUCCCCCAACUCUCUACCCUCCUCCACCUCACCCAGUUCCUCUUCCACCAGGGGUGCCUCCCCCUCAAUUUCCUCCACAGUUUCCCCCAGGCCAACCCCCACCUACAGGAUUUAGUGUCCCUCCCCCAGGAUUCCCUCCAGCACAAGCCACAAUAUCUGCCCCCUGGGUACCGCCUGCUACUCCAGCAGCUCCUGCCAAUGUCAUACCAACCGUAACGCAAGUGCCUCCACUGUCCAGGGAAGAAUUCUACCGGGAGCAGCGACGGCUAAAAGAAGAAGAGAAGAAAAAGUCAAAGCUUGAUGAGUUCACCAAUGAUUUUGCUAAAGAGCUAAUGGAGUACAGAAAAAUCCAAAAGGAGCGCAGACGUUCCUACUCCAGGUCCCGGUCACGUUCAUACAGUGGAUCAUCAUUCAGUGGCAGCUCCUACUCGUAUUCCAAGUCAAGAUCUCAUUCCUCGCGAUCUUAUUCAAGAUCAGUCAGUCGAUCCCCAAGUCGUUCCUACUCAAGAUCACCUUCAUAUCGAAGAGGCGGUGGAAAGAGUAGGGGUUAUCGAUCAAGAUCCAGAUCUCGUGGGUUUCAUAGGUCCAGAUCUAGGUCGCCAUCUUACAGAGGAUAUCGGUCUCGUUCCCGAUCUCCAAAUUACAAGCCCCAUUCUCCUUACAAAAGGAGUAUUCCACAGGGUGAAAAUGAGCGUGAGUUUUAUGAUCGUUACAGAGAACCACCACCACCGUUUGAUUACAGAGAACUAUAUGAUAGACCUCGUGAUCCAAGAGAUUCUUACGAAAGAGAGCGCUACAGAGAAUGGGAGAGGCGAUGCCGAGCAUGGUAUGAAUAUUAUAAAGGUUACAAUGGUGGUAAUCAACCACGACCUCGUUCUCCCACAAAUAAGGACCAUUUGUCUCCUGAGCGCUUUGUCCCACCUGGUACCAGGCGUGACAUUUCACCUCAUGGUCGGGGCCGCAGGGACGAAUAUCCAACAGAGCAGUUACCUCGGGGCCGUAAUGUAGGUGGUGCCUGCAAUUAUCCAGAAAAGUACCCUUACAGAGAGACUCAUGGUGUAAAGGAACUGAGAGGGUCAAAGGAAAAAGAAGUAACAAACCUUCGUUCUGACUCGAAAGGUACAAAGCACAAAAAACACAGGAAGAAGAAAAAGGAUGAAACCGAUCCAGUCAGUAAUCCGGAGUCUUGUCGAGAUGCAAAGAAGGCUGUGGAAACGGUAGGUGACGAUAGCAAAGGAGCUGCCUUGUUUCUGCCACCCAGCAGAGACGAUGCCACACCAGUGAGGGAUGAGCCUAUGGAAGGGGAAUCAGUUGCUUAUAAAUCCAUGUCUGACAAAGACAGGAAAGAAAAAUCUAAAUCUAAUAAAAUGGAAAAAGUGAAGCGGAAAGCAGAGAGCAGCAUGCCCAAGAAAGAGUCGUCUGGUAAAAGUGCCAAAGCAGCGCAAGAGAAGCCGCCAGAGAAAGAGCGGGAUAAGUCACCUCAUAGUGAGCUCAGCAUUAAAAAAAACAGGGAGGAAUGUCCUGCCAAGGUCGAGUGUGUGAAAGUACAGCCACUACCCAAAAGUGAGAAGUUUUUUCUGCCCAGGAAGCUGCAGCUCAAACUGGGCAGAGAGUACAAAGAAACAAAACCAGCAAAGGAGGAAAAGCAAAGAAAGGAUUAUCCCAGGGAGGAGACAAAACAUGAGAAGCACGAUAAAACAGUCAACAGGGAUGAAAAACUGAAACGGACAGUCAAAGCAGAUGAGAAGCCAAGGCAGCCAGAGGCAAAGGCUGACAAGCGUAAGAGGAAAAGUGAUGAAAAAGUGGCAGACAGAGAGCUUGGAACACCUCCAACUAAAUCAUCAAAAGUAGAAAUAUCCGAGGCUGCAAAACCUUCAGCGAAACCAAAGACCACGUCUGGUACUGAGAAAGCAGCCAGAGAUUUUGUAGAAUCAUCUUUUGAAAAUGAGACGGUCACUCCAGCAAAUCUUCCAGUGAGGAAGAUCAAAAUAAAUAGGGAGAGUGGAAAGAAGAUUGUAAGUGGAGAAUCUCCAGCUGCUCCGGAGGAGGCACCUGAGUUAUCAGAGGUCAAUGGCGGAAAAUCCAAAUCGGACAAAGUGAAAACCAAGGCGAGGAGGAAAGUGGCGGGGAAUGAGAUGACUGGUUCAGUCCUGGUAGAUUAUACAAGCACCAGUUCUGCAGGAGGGAGCCCCAUGAGAAGAGCUGAAGAGAAGUUGGAUGCAAAGAAGACAGUGAUUAAGACUAUGGAGGAGUACAACAGUGAUACCAGACCCCCAGCUGAAGAUGAAAUUGUCAUUGUCCAAGUCCCUCGAUCCAAGUGGGAGAAGGAGGACUAUGAGACAGAUGAAGAUGAAGGAAGGGCGGCGGCAGCAGCAGCAGCGGCAGCAGCAGCAGCACUAAACCUUGUAAAACUUGCCAAUUCUGGGCAAGGUGUGAAGCCUACAAACCCAACAAAGCAAACUGAUAAAGAUGCUGUUCCUGCUGAGAAACCUCAAAAAAACAUUAAGGAUCUAAAUGUGGAGGAGCCUCAGCAGGAUGCUGUUACACCUGGAAAAAGUGUGAUACUGAAUGAGAAAGUUGCAAAGAUCAAAGAUAAGGAGCAUAGUACGAUGGACAGAGAGGUUUUGGACAAGAAGAAAGCAGCUAUUCAGCUUGACAAGCCAGCGGUUGCAGAGCGGGAUAUUGAGGCAGCAAAUGGAAAGCAUCUUACUUCAGCUGCAAAAGAGCGGCAGGUUGAAAAAUUAGAGCCAAAUAACCGUGGUGCCUCAAACAAAGAUUUGGUUCCUAACGUUGACAGUAAGACAGACGGCAUCAACAGGCACAUCCCACUCACCAAGCAGAGGGAGGAGCGGGGCCGCGAUACAAGGAGGCGAGAUUCCCCCAGUAAGGGUGAAGAGCUGACACAUGGACAAAAGGGAAGAGAUCAACAGACAGAAAGCAGAAGAGGCAGUACCGAACCCAGGAAAAUCGAUCACCAUCCUGAGAAAGACAGGAAACCACAAACGACCCCAAGAAGUGGAUCGGAAUCGAGGUCUGGUACUGAAGAAGUAAAAUCGGUCUCCUCCAGCAGAGGCAAGGAAAAACCUGCCUUUGAAACACGGAGCAGCAAGGACAGGCAAGUAAGUGGGAAUAAGUUGGCCCAUCAAACUGAAAUAUCAACUGAAAAGAAUGAGCAGGAGCUUUGUGUCGGGCGGGGUGACAGGGAUCAUGGUCGCCCCCGGAUGCCAGGUUCUCUCUGCCGUUCGAACCGACUCUCCCGGCACUCCUUGGAUCUGGCCAGGGAAACAGACGAGGCUGCCUUUGAACCGGAUUACAGUGAAAGUGACAGUGAAAUUGAAGCAGAGCAUACAGUAAAGGAUGGAAAGGAUACAAAACAGAUCACAAAUGAACUGACAGAGGUCAAAGGUGUGCCUGUGGGCUCCAGGAGUAGUGCCCCUAAAAUUCGCACCCAAAGCAGCCCAAGUUGCAGCCACAGCCCAAGUGAGAGUCAGACACGCAGUCACAGCAGCAGUGCCAGCUCAGAGGACACACAGGAUAGCAAGAAGAAAAAGCGAAAAAAGGAGAAAAAGAAGCACAAAAAGCACAAGAAACACAAAAAGCACAAGAAGCAUCUCGGUGUUGUACUAGAGCUGGACAAAACUCAAAAACACAAACACAAAAAGAAAAAGUCCAAAAAAGGCAAAGACAAAGAGAAGGACAAAGACAGUGACCAAAAGGUCCGAUCAUCUGUCAUUGUCCGAACAACAGAAACGGAUUAGACAGAUGUCUGCAUUGUUUGGUCAGACUCUGCCGCAAGUAUUUGGAAGCUUUGUAAAUAUUCACUCAGACAUUGCUAUUCUGCUCUGAGUCUACUGAACUACUAUUCUGGAGAUUUUGUUUUCUGUAAUAUUGAGGGUUUAUAAAUUAGCAAUUUUUGUACAGAAUUAUGUUUGACCGUGAGUGGUCAGAUUAUGCUGCAGCAUUUUUAAGUGAACUAUAAGACUACACUGGGAACUACUGUGAAAUUUUCACUGAACUUUUUUUUAUAGCUAUGUAUACAAGCUGACAGUGUAAUUAAUGUAAAUGUUUUGCUUGAUGAUUUGCAGUACAAAGCCUCACUGUCAUCUUUUGACUGAAUAAAUUUUCAUUGAAUUCA